AUGAGCGGCAGCCGGCCCUCGUUAGCGUUACCAUCCCUAGAUAAAAUAUCGGCCAAUAGGUCUAUCAGUUCAUCUCACCAGGACGGGAAUCAAGAUGGCCUCAAGCAUGAGCUAGCCGUUUUCCAGGCCACUCUAACCGAUGUUGAGCGCGCAAAACUCCAGUCGCUCAAGGGCACUUCGUGCGAUGCCGACUCCGUCAUCACCUUCACCGCCGACUUGGACCGAGCCAACCCCGCCCGCAAAGGGAGAAGCAUCGCUACGAGGCUGUUUUCGCUCCUGCAGAUCGUCCAGCAGUUCAACCAGGUCGUGGACACAUACGUCUCGUCGCACCCCGAAAUCGCUGCUCUUGUUUGGGGUUCAGUGAAGUUAGCUUUCACGGUUCGUAUGCUGCCAGUUGCGGCUUUCAUCCCCAGAGUCCUGGAGGAUUCGGGAACUGACCGCGAGAAAGGGCAGCAACAGCUUUUGGGUGCUGUUGUCCAGUCUUUCCACGGUGAGAUGAAACCCUACAUCGACGAUGUGCGGUUGAGGGCGGAACAUGUUCAGGACGAAAUAUCGCUUGCCAAAACUCAGGAAGAUCAGAAGGAGCACCUCUCACAGGCUGAAGAGCGUCGUCAGGCUGCGGAAACUAGGAAAGGCCUCGCCAAAUGGUUUUCUCAGUCAGAGAAGCAAGUCGGACGUCUCAGGCGCGCUAACGAAACCGCGAACAAGGCGAGAGUCCCAGAACGGAAAUGGGAGACGUUGUUGACCAAACUCUCUUCAUAUGAUCAUGCGUCCGCCUUUGCGAUUGCGAGGGAGAAACGUCAUCUGGGCACAGCCGAAUGGGUUUUUGAUGAAGCACAGUUUCAGGAGUGGUACACCUGCGAGAGAUCUAGCAUGCUACAUAUCAUGGGGAAAAUUGGCUCUGGAAAGACCAUACUGACUGCGAACGUUGUCGACUAUCUCAUUAAGCACCGGCGUCCACGUCAGGUUGUUUCGUUCUUUUUCGUCUGUUUCGACCUCCCGGCAAGUAUGAAGUGCGAGAAAAUCCUCCGGUCUUUAAUUCGACAGGCUUUGGGCCAAUCUUCUAACCUUGAGACGCUCUUGCCUGCUCUUGAAGCCUCGAAUGAAUCCUUCUUUGAGACGAGUUCUCUGUUGGAUCUUUGGUCCGAGAAAGCAAAUUCAGUCGACGAGCUUUUUAUAGUCUUGGAUGGGUUCGACGAAUGUUCCGCAACUGAACGGAAGGCAUUCCUCAACGCCCUCGUCAAAAUGUCCCGGGCAUGUGGCGGCUUGACGAGGGUGAAAACUCUGAUUUCGUCGAGAGAGAGCAUAAGACAAGAAGUCGUUCGGUGUGAUUCGGCCUGUUUCACCCUGACCUUGGGCUCGGAUAGUAUUAGUCAUGACCUCACCAGAUACGUGAGCGAGAUUGUUUCUGAAAAGCUCUCGGCAGGCGAGCUGAAAAUCAAGGAUCCUCUCCUAGCCAAAGAAAUCAUACGAGAGAUCAGUCUUGGUGGGGAAGGGAUGUUUCUAUGGGUAUCUCUGACGAUCGAAGACAUUUGUUCCCGGCACACUGAUUCUACAAUCCGAGAAGCCUUGGAUCACAUACCUAGAAAGCUCCCUGAAACAUUCGAUCGAGCCCUCCAACGCAUCAUCGCGAACGGGAACGAAGAAAUUGCACAGAAUAUCUUCAAGUGGACCGCCAUCGUUCGCCAACCGCUGAAGCUAGAACAGCUCAAGGAGGCCUUGUCGGUGGAACUGCACCAAGAAUACUCUCGGCCAGAUCGCUUCGUCAACGGAAUCGAUCGUCUUUCGGUAUGGUGCGAAAACCUGGUCCAAAUUCAGUAUUCGGACGAGACCGUCCGCUUCAGUCAUCAUUCGAUCCGAAAGUAUCUACUGGGGCCUGCUUCGGGACCACUCCAAUCAUUCCAUUUCGACUACGAUGAAGAGGACAACAACAUAGGUAGCCUAUGCCUUACUUACCUCAACUUCAACGACUUCAAGAGCGCCUUGAUGGAUCCCAAACAAACAUCCAAGAGUCCACUAGUAUUCAACCCUGCAGACCUAGCCGAAACGGCUGUGAAGUCGACAGUCUCGGGAUCCUCCGGCGCACGGAUUGCUCGCUUGGUGAGAAGGUCUCUCGGGAAGUCCGCACCGUACUCCGUGCCUAUCCCGCCAACAUUACCGCAAGCAAGCUCACCCGGGAACGCAACGACGAUUGUCCAAACCGAGUACCCUUUUCUUGAAUAUGCCAAGAGCAAUUGGUAUAUACACAGACUAUUACCGACCACUUACACCACGCAUUGCAAGAUGCUGUUGCGGAUCAUGGCUGAAAGUGAGCACGCGCCAUGGUUAGAUCCGGAGUGGCGACCGCCUGGCAUUCGAACGUUCACGUUCGACUGCAAAGAGUGGCUGAACUACCUGGAGUACGGGUUGCCUUGCAAUAAAGCAGGCAAAAGUCCUCCGCCAGACUUUUCAGCUUCCGACAUCGCCUUUCACAAGGCCGUAGCUUACGCCGGAUCUAUCGACAAUCACGUGCUGCUGGAGCACCUCUUGACAGGCUUCGUCGACCGGUCACAGCCAAUAAGUUCUUGUGUCCUCCAAGUCUUUUUGACUCGCGAGAGUGCAGAUUUACUCGACGAUGAUGGGGUAUCUCCAUGUUUUUACAGCGGUUUGGUCAACUGGGUCACCAGAUACAUCGCCCGAGGCGGCGCAAUAUGGCCUGCUGGCUGCCCGGACAACUUCCAUACCAAUUGCCACCAUGAACUCGGCAUGCACCAAGAUAUCCACCUCAUUCUCAAAAGAAGUUCUCCAUUAAAUUUACACAAGAAGCGGUGGUUAGAACCAUUUGUGAGACUUUCGACCCUUCCGACAGACGAGCGAUUGUUCAACUACCUGAGGGACUCAUUUUCACUUUUGCCACCCGCAGAGCUGUUAUUUAAGUGGACAGCAAACGGAAAGGGCAUCUUAUCCAUAGUUCUCGAGAGAGAUAGCCAUUGGUCGAUCAAGGCCGCCAGUUGGUUACUAGAGAUGUACGCUUCCCAGCGGGAAGGUGAUGCUGUCUCAGCAGCCUACAGCGCCUUGGAAUAUGCUCUUUGGUACGACAAAUCGACGGCAAUGGAGUUCUUGCUCUGUUCGGUUGAGAGAAUGGCGGCUAUUGUAGAGUACAGCGACCUCAAAUUCGUUUUCCGCGUGCUUGUCACCAAGAGUCUUCCUCCGAAAGGGGUCCUCUUGCAAAGGCUCCUGGAUCACGUCAAAACUAUACUGGGCCACGAGGAGUCAAGGUGGUGCGAGGCCCUUUCUCAGUCACUGUUCGAAGCGGUUCAAGGGCAGAAAUGGGACCUCGCGGUAACACUUGUCAGCUUUCGUGCCCGGCUGAACUUCGUUGUGGCACAAGGCUCGGCUCUCGAUGUUCUGUCCACAUUCUUCAACUCGGCUCUUGAAUGCGCCACGUCGUCCACUGAGGGCGAAGGUUGUGCCUCGCGGGUUUUGUAUCUCCGUGGUCCUCGUCGAUAUCUGUCUGCUCUUGUAUACUGCUCGAAACACGUUGACGAAGCCCAAGGUCUUACUUCUGCACGACGCACUGGAACCUCCAAGUCGGCUCGAAAGCCUCCCUCGUGA